GUCGUUACCGUUUGACGGUAACUGUGUGAGGGGACACUGGGCUCUCGCUGAAGUGGUCACGAUUAUGUCUAACAGGCUUGCCUAGUAAAGUGAGACAUGGCUGAAAUAAUCGCCGUCAACGCCGGUUUGUCCUCCCCGUCCACUAUAAACGCCACCUUCCCGAUCCUGGAGGACCCCGGCGCCGCUGCUGCCGCCCCUCCGGCCUCUCUGAGCAGCGAGGACUACCUGUUUGUGGAGACCAGGCACCCCAACACUGUCCUGCAGGGCCUCAACAGCCUGCGGCUCAAUAACGCCUUCUGUGAUGUGACCCUGUGCUGCGGAGGACAGGAGUUCCCCUGCCAUCGCAUUGUGCUGGCCUCCUUCAGCUCCUACUUCCAG